AUGUUCCUUUGAAUUCUCUCCCCCAAAGUCAUUCCUUGCAAAACAAUAGGCUUUGCAAGGCAAUAAGUGGACCAGAGCUUAGCCUUUCCACAGUUUCACCACCACUCACUAGUCUUAUAUAAACAACUCCCUUUCAGAAAUUGUCAUCACAAGAAGCUGAUUUUUCCUCUUUACCUUCUGUGUUUUUAUUCUGUCCUGGUCUUGUUACAAAAUGGCAAGCUCAGGGUCAGGGGUGGCAAUGGCUUGUCUUGUGCUAGCCAUGUCGUGCAUGGUCGUGCCGAGCCGGCAGGUAGUUUUCACCGUUGGUGAGUCCACUGGCUGGAUUCCUGGUGUUGAUUAUAAUGCAUGGGCUAAGGGCAAGAACUUUAAAGUCGGUGAUCGCCUUGUGUUCAAUUAUCCUAGUGGCCAUACUGUGGAUGAAGUGUUUGAAAAUGACUACAACACAUGCACUGCGGGCAAUGCACUCUCUACAGACAACAGUGGCUCUACCAGCAUUCCUCUCCUGACUGCUGGCCCUCAUUACUUCAUGUGUGGUGUGGUAGGCCAUUGUGGGCAAGGCAUGAAGCUUGCAGUCAACGUGGCGGCGGAAUCAACCCCACUGCCAUCUGGGACACCGUCUCCUGCCACCCUUGCUGCUUCCUCCCCGUCUGCUAGUAAUUCAAGCACAGACCUUUGACCUCCAUAUAUAGCUAACCUACCUGAAUUCUCCUCUUUAGGCCAGGGGCUCUCUGAUUUCGAUAUGUGGCCCUUUCUGAUAACAUGCCUUGUUUGUGUUGCUUAUUUUACAAAGCUUUGGCAAGGGUGCCUACCCUAAUCAGCGAUAGACCAAUAUAUUGAA